AUGAAGGCCAUCAUCCAGCGCGUCUCGCAGGCCAGCAUCACAGUUGGAAAGGAGCAGAUAAGUUCCAUCGGACGGGGUAUUUGCGUGUUGCUGGGUAUUUCUAAGGAAGAUACCCACAAAGAACUGGAAUACAUGGUUCAAAAGAUUUUAAACCUGUGGAUAUUUGAAGAUGAGAGUGGAAAACACUGGUCAAAAAGUGUGAUGGACAAACAGUAUGAAGUGUUGUGUGUUAGUCAGUUUACUCUUCACUGUAAUUUGAAAGGGAACAAACCAGACUAUCAUAUGGCCAUGCCUACAGAACAAGAGGGAACUUUCUACAAGAAUUUCCUUGAGCAACUGAGAAAGGCUUAUAAACCAGAGCUCGUUAAAGAUGGCAAGUUUGGAGCCUACAUGCAAGUACGUAUCCAGAAUGACGGGCCGGUGACUAUAGAACUCGAGACCCCAGCGGCUGCCGCCUCAGAUCUCAAGCCGCUUUCAAAGCUGGAAACACAGCAACAGAGAAAAGAAAAAACCAGAGAAAAGGGAUAUUCUGAGUCAAGUAUAGAAAGCAAUGUCUCUGGCAAGGAUGACUCUACUGUUAGCAGUGGGACGGAGGGUGACGUAUCCUCUGAAAGAGAACCAUGAUGAAGAGAACAGAUUUCAGCACAGCACCUUUGGCAGAACUAGAAUUUAAAGAGUUCACAGAAGACAUAAAAUACCUACACCUUGCAGAUGUGGUUGAAAGGACUUGGAA